AUGGGAAACGGUCACUCUACGAAAGGGAAAGGAAUAUGUCAGGGAGUGGUUUUGAAAAUGCAAGGAUUGACUAUGGUAGAACACUACUUACCAUUGCAACUUAGGAGCACCGAUGUAAUCCUCAAUAAGCAGUGGCUCAAAUCAGUCAGAUGGAUACGCAUACACUGGGCUUGUUAACAAUGAAGUUUUGGUCAAAGGUGUAGUAAAGACCCUCAAGUGAGAUACAAGCAUGUGCAAGAUAGGCAUCUUGUUGCGGGCCAUGGAAAUGAAGAAGGGCCAAUCGCUACUUGUGGAAUUACAUCAACUACUGGAUGCGAAGGGGCCCAAAGUGAUCUCCCAAUUUGCAACUGAUCCUUACAAAUGUUCACACUUCAAGAAAAAAGACGAAAUUGAAUUCUUGUUUCAAAAUUUAUGUGAUGUUAGAAUUGUUCAACCGUCCAACAGUCUAUACGAAAAAGAAGGGAGUUGAUGUUUUUGUCUAGACUACUGGGCACACAAUAAGAUAACUGUACCAAACAAGUUUCUCAUACCAGUAGUGAAUGAGUUCUUGAACGAGCUUCAUAGUAUGAUUAUUUCACUAAAUUAGAUCUCAAAUUUAACUAUUACAAAUCAAAAUGAUUGUAAUGCCCACACAUUAUGA